AUGGGAAGCCUUCACAAACUCUUCUUCUCAUCUCUUCUUCUUUUUCUCUGCAUCAUUAUCGGAGCCCAUGGAGCUCCAUGUAGCCUGGCAGACAUCAGCAUAAGUCAGAGAAAAACAGGGGGCAUAGCGGAAGGCAAGCCGGAGUACGAGGUGUCGGUGAGCAACAAAUGUCGAUGCUUGCAGUCGAAGGUGGUCUUGAGAUGCUACGGGCUCAGCAGCGUCGAGUCGGUGAACGGCUGGGCCAUCCGCCCGGUCGACGAAGAGAGGUGCCUCGUCGGCGACGGCCGGGCAAUUUCCAGAGGCACGCCGGUGAAGUUCAGGUACGCGUGGAUGACGCCGCAGGACUUCCCCGUCGUCAGCACCCUGAUCCACCAGUGCAACUGA